GGCAGUCUGCGAAUCAGAAGUCAAAUGCUGUUAUUGCUGUCGUUACUCUCAAUCUCUUCUAUCUGUAGCUCAUUCAAAAUACUUGUUAUCAAUCCGAAAUUCGCCUAUAGUCAUAUGAAUUUUUUGGGGCAAGUAGCUGAUACGUUGGUGGAUGCUGGUCAUGAUGUAGUCACACUGCAGCCUUUGAUGAGCACACUUUUCGCUAGCAACGGAACUACCAAAUCUCGUCUCAUUCAAGUGGGCCCGUCCGCGGAGCUCAACGAGUUGCUUCGUAUACAUCAUGCAAGUGCAGUGAAACAGGAUAUAUGGACGAGCAGCCUGAGGAACCCCUUUGCACUACUGGCGGUACGUAUUCUCUUGGCUCACCAAGAAAAAUCUUCGACCAAAAGAAAAACAUUUUGGAUUUAUUUCCGAAAUUUUCCAAAUAAAGAAAGCAACAGCCUUUGGAAGGCUAAUCGGAAAGGGCAACCGUCCAGAAGUACGGUUAUGAGUCACCUAGAACCAAGUGCCAUGUAUAUUUGA